AUGCGGUUGUCCGGCAUCCAAUCCACUCGUCUUUCCCACCAUGUGCCCCGGCGAAUCCGUAAUAUUCCCGCUCAGGAGGCCGACGUUGUUCCAAACAGUCUUCAAAAAACCCUAGAGGCGCAUCGCUCCUCGAAUCGGGCCCGCCUGAUCCGCAAAAUAUACCCCCGUACCCCGGCCGCCGGACUUUUUCGCCCUUGGAUCCCCCCAGAAAAUCGCGCAGGUUACCGUCCACCAGAGCCUGCGAUCCCCGUGCCAGAUGAGUCGGAAGCUAAAAAACCCGCCAAAAAGCAUGCUCGAGCUCGCAGUCGCAUUCUUGAAACGAAACCCCCGGGGCUAGAUAAUCACCUAAUAAAUGCGAUUCGAACCGCAGACGAAAGCGCACCAGAACAGAAACCGUGGCUUGGCUUUCUAGCUCCAGUGAGUGUUGCUGGCGAUGCUGCCGUACACUUGGAUGCGGAGAUUCGGGCCCUGCACCAGUAUUUGGCCCCAACUCCGAGUGAACAGAGUCGGAUCACCCAGGUGAGCGCAGAGAUCAAAUCUCUGCUUGAACCGGUAGCUCCACAAGCACCGCAGAUCAUCGGUUCCCAUCAUACAGGCCUGGCGCUGGCGCAUUCGGACCUGAACUUCCUUCUCCCCUUCGAAGAUCUCCCACGGUCUCGACAUAGCCCUCGAGGGCCAAGCGCUACACGACCGAAAAUCCGAGAGGCACAUGUCAACCUGUUGCGCCAGGUAGAAUCUACAUUACAGGAGAAUCCUGUCUUUACUGGCCAGGUCCACUGGUCCACAAAGGGCAGACCUGUUAUCGCGGCCCGGCACAGGCCAACGGGUUUGCUACUGCGCUUCCAUUGUGGUGAGAGCGUUCCAGCCAUCACAAGAUAUAUCCAAGACUCCAUAGUCGAGUACCCCGCCCUCCGACCCCUAUAUACUGGGGUCCGAGCGUUACUGGAGUCUCGCGGUCUUUUUGGGUCUUCACAGGCCAGCAUCGCGCCUGAAGCCCUGGUGAUCUUGAUAGUCGCUUUUCUUAAAAUGAACCGCGGCCACUACUCCGGGCCCCAAGUUCUAGGUAACCAGUUUCUGGAUCUUCUCCGGUUCUAUGGUACCGAUGUCAAUCUCCCGUCAGUGGGUGUUGCUGUUAACCCCGCGGGGUUUUUUGGCGCUGACACCUUACGGCUUUCUACUGGAGAGGAAGCCGAGCCUGCCUAUCGCCGUGGCCAGCGGUCGCUAAUUAAUGCGAAGCGCACUGCUGCCGCAAAAGGGAAUGCGCACGUGGACCGCAGGCUUUGUAUUCAGGAUCCAACUCAUUUAAUGAACGAUCUCGGCCGUUCAUGUACUCGAACACUUGAACUGCAAAAUGCUCUCAGCGUGGCACAUGAGCAGCUUAGUCGCGCAUGCGAUAAUUGGAAGGUGCUUGGAAAACAGUGUUCGAUCCUGACAACUGCCCUUGAAGCCAAUUUUUAUGGAUUGGACAGAAUCAGAGACCAAAUUGUGCGCCCUGCUGGUUAG